GUCUUUUUUUUUGGUAAAUAAUAAAAAUAAAAUAAUGCCACGAGCAUUGCGAACGUAAAGUACGUGAAACAGAUCACGCGCAUGCAAUCGUCAUUUAUCGCGCAUGUUCUGUUUGCUACAUCGGCGCGGAAAAAUUAUCAGUCUCAUUGUCAGGUUAGGGUUAGGUUCACGUGCUUUGUGUAAAUCCUGCUUGUUCAGACGCAAACGAAAAAAUUCCGUAUAAAUUUUUAAUUAUUUAUUAUACGUUAUAUAUUUUCUUGAUUAUAUAGUCAUUACUGAAAUGACUUUUGUUGGCGUCGAAUUUAUUCUCAAUGAUAGUGAUAAUGAAGCAUCAAUUGCUUUAGUACAUUGUUCAUGGUUAACGCCACGAAAAAAAGAGGUUUGGUGGCCUCCGUAUAAAACUGGUGCACAAUUUAAGAAAGCACUCUUCCGCGAAGAAAAGCCAAAAGAUCAAACAUGGACAUUAUACGGUAUUAAACAAAUACUUUUUUCUUGUGAUGAAUAUCAGAAAGCUAGUAAAAAACUAAAAAAGUGUGAAGAGUUUUCUGAUGUACAGUCUUCUACAGUGGAAGAUAAAGAGCAACCAAAGAAAAGACAGUCAAAACGAAAUUCUAAAUACAUAUCUACUAGUGAAGAAGAGGAUGAUGAAAGUGACCAUUCUUUACGUCGACCACCAAAGAUUUCCACAUUUGCACAUGCGCUACAAGAUAAACAUAAAAAAUCUUUAACAUCAAUGCCAUCAUCAGUAUCUAUGACAUCAAAAGACCUACCAGAAACAGUAUCGCAACAAGACAUAAAUUCAGAUUCUUCUGAUAUUCCUGCACACAAUACUCCUAGUAGGAGAUUAAAAGAGAUAGAUUUUUUAAAUAGAAUCACAAUACCAUCACCAUCUUUAACUGUUUCCACAAACAUCAGUUCUCGAUCAGAAUCUGUAAAUUCAACUCUUAAUGAAGCGAAUGGAGUACCAUAUUUUCGUAGCCUUACUGAACAAAUUUUUACUGAAAUAAGAAAAGUGCGAGAACAAGUUAAAGAAAUGUAUGGAAUAUUGAAGCACUCCAACACUCAAGGUGGCAUGCUCUCUAUCCCAGAUAAUUGUCCUGUUGAGUUUCCAUUGAAAACACGCGAAGAAUUGCAACUAUUAGAAAAUUAUUUUAGCUCCCGUGAAAAUAAACACGCUGUGUCAUUGUUCUUCUCAACAUUAGGAGGUGACACUACUACUGCAAGAACUAAUAAAAUUUUAAAACACGUUUUAACUAACGAACUUGCGAAAGGUUUUAACUUUGCAGGACACAAAAAUAAGGAAGCUUUUGAGAAGCUUUCUUUGAAGACUGUGAUAAUCCGCGGUGUGCAAAUAAAAUCACCUUCAACCACAGAAAAAGAUAUUGAGGAUGCAAUCAAAACUUGGUUAAAACACGCUUCUGACAGAUUAAAGGAAAGUUUGAAAAAAAAUAACAAAGAAAGGUUAUAAAAUUUAAAUAUUAUA